AUGAAUCCAAUGUUGUUCAAUACAAUUAUAUUUCUAACAUUAAUAUUAUUAGCUCAAAGUGCAUUGAGCGAUAAAGUAGAUAUUGAAAGUUCAAAAGGAGCUUGUAAUCUCAAACAUAAAGGAGAAGAAUUACAUGAAGGUCAAACUAUUGAACAAAGUGGAAAAUUCUUCAAAGUUGAAGGUUGUGAACUUCAUCGAGCAUAUCAUGCAUGUGGAACUCAAGUUUUAUUUAUAAUUAAUAUUGUUUGUCAAGCUCUUGAUCAACAACGAAUCAAUCCAAUGAAACAACGUUUUUCUCGAUUUGUAAAACAAAAAUUACUAACAGAAGCUUGUUGUCAAAGUGUAUGUACUGUUUCUGAAAUGACACGUUAUUGUCCUUAA